AUGACUGACUCCGUCUCUUCAGGGGAGAUGGAACGUCUUACGGCUCAGGUGAGUCUCAAGGACGCUCCACAGAGUGCCACCGGUGGCCCUCCUUCGCGCGCUUCGCCCUCAUCCGCUGCUCCGCCAUCACUUCGACCUUCACCAGGUACUGGUGGUCCAUCAGCAGUGAGACCAGCAAAUACAGCGGUAGGCGCAGCUGAACGGGCACGACAGAUGGCAGGAGCACGCCUACCUCCCAGCUUACAAGCAAAACUCGCUGCCAACGCAAACCGCUCGACAAUGUCUGGCAGUCCCAAUCCUGGCGUUCUCGGUCAUGAUCAGCGUAUCGACAGCAGUGCAAGUGCUUCUCUCUUUGUCUCGGCAUCUAGUCGUCCAGGCACAUUGCCAGGAACAGGUAUGGGUGGACUCGCAGCUCGUCGAGGCGUUCCUGGCGCAAUGGGCAGUUCGCCGGCAGCUGGAGGUCCACCAGGAGUAGCACCCGGCGGAGGCAUGGGCGCAAGGCGUAAUCGACCAGGUCUCAAACUCAGCGACAUGGGUGUUGGGCCCGGAGACGGUGUCGAGGCAGGCACUGCUCCACGACCAGGCAUGGGUGCUGGCGCUGGCCGCAGAGCACCACCACCAGGGCGUCUCCCCGAUAGCAAUGGCUCUAGCAAGUCCAACGAAGGAGGAGAAGGUCAAAAUGACGCUAUGUCGACCCCCUUCAGCAACUUCUCCAAGAUCGUCGAUCCCUCGGGUCGACUCAACUUCAGCGGUAAAGCUGUUCUGCAUGCAUCAGGUGUCGAAUUUGGAAAUGGAACAUCAUUCAAGAUCAACAUGGCCGAGUUGGAACUUAUGGACGAGCUAGGAAAAGGUAAUUACGGAACUGUUCGCAAAGUCAAACACACCAAAACCCACGUCGAGAUGGCCAUGAAGGAGAUCAGGCUGGAAUUGGACGAGUCCAAGCUCAAUGCUAUCAUCAUGGAGCUUGACAUCUUGCAUCGAGCAACAGCACCACAGAUCGUCGAGUUCUACGGCGCCUUCUUCAUUGAGUCGUGCGUCUACUACUGCAUGGAGUACAUGAAUGCCGGAAGUCUCGACAAACUCUACGGAGACCGCGGUAGCGUACCCGAAGACGUUCUGGCAAGGAUCACAGGCAGCAUGGUUCGCGGUCUCAGCUUCCUCAAAGACCAACUUCAGAUCAUGCAUCGAGAUGUCAAGCCCACCAACGUCCUCAUCAAUUGCAAGGGUCAAGUCAAGCUCUGUGAUUUCGGAGUUUCUGGACAAUUAGAGAAAUCGCUCGCAAAGACCAACAUUGGCUGUCAAUCCUACAUGGCUCCCGAACGCAUCAAGGGCGAAUCGCAAAACAUGCUCCGAACCUACACAGUAGCUUCCGAUGUGUGGUCGCUUGGGCUCUCAAUGGUCGAGACUACACUUGGAACCUACCCCUACCCGCCAGAGACAUAUUCCAACGUCUUUGCCCAACUACAGGCUAUUGUACAUGGCGAUCCACCCGAGUUGCCUUAUGAGCUCUACUCCGAAACAGCACGAGACUUUGUAGCCAAAUGUCUGGUAAAGAUCCCGUCGAGAAGGCCGACGUACGCACAACUGCUGCAGCACGACUUUCUCAAACAGGACGAUGCAAAGGGCGAGCAGGGCGUCGAUAUGGUCGGCUGGGUCGAGAGGGCGAUUGAAGCUAGGACGAGGAAGAAGGAACAAGCCAAUGCAAAUGCAAAUGGAACAAGUCCACCAGCUGCCUCUUCGGCAACGCAGAAUGCAUGA